UCCUUGGAUUGUGUGAUAUUAAAGACAUUAUAAUAAACAAGACCAGUAUCUGUAGAGAAGGAUAUAAUGAAAUGGCAAGAAACCGACAUCGGUAAAAACAAGCCAGCAAGUAUUGCUAUAAGUGGAACAAAGCACGAUAUUAAACUGUUGGAAAUCACUCGUAGAAGACAUUUUGCAUUCGAUUUAGAAGAUAGAGGAAAGUGGUAGAAGUAUGUCAUCUCACUUUAGAAGAAAGAGUUCUCCAUUUGUUCACUUGAUCAUGACUAGUUUUACUCUGUGGGCAUUGAUUGGUGCCAUGUCAUGUGCAGAAUUCAACGUCACAUGGAAUAUGAAAACAAAUCCAGCUAUUAUUGGCAAUAAUGUCAUAUUAGAAUGUGUUAUUUUUGGCGAGGAACAUUCUUGUGAUGAAUAUCCAAGGCAGUGGUAUGGAGGUGUCAACUAUGGUCUACUUUGUGAAGAUGGAAUGUGUAGAAAUAAUAAAAAAUACAAAGAACUUAAUAUAUCAUCUUGCAUUUAUCGUCUUGUGAUACACAAUUUUACAGAGCAAGAUCUUAAUCAAAACUAUACUUGUUCGUAUGGUAUAUUUAACGAGAGAAAAGGAUUGACAUUGAAGGAUGGUCCGUUUGAAUUGCAACCAAGCAACGAAUCUGUCCAUAAAACAAUCCAGAUAUCUGAUGACAGCAUCAGUGUUCAUCUUGAGAUGUCAAAAGUAUACCCAAUGCCAAGUUGUACUUUCUCAUAUGAGGACGCCAACACCACGGAAUACGUUAAAAAAUCAGUGGAAACGGUCGGAUCAUUUUUUAAAGUAAAUUUCAAUUAUACCAUCACUGACAAAUGUGAAGGAAAAAUUAUGAUUUCGUGCACCACUGGGUCCCACUUGAUGAACAUAUCACAGAACUGCCCAGUUUCAGGAGGAGAUCGGCAAUCAAGAUUCUCCGUAAUAAUUAUUGUUGGGAUAGUUACAUGUGUUGGUGCAAUGGUGUUUUUAUUCGCUGCUGCAAGUUGUUUUGUUCUGUAUCGCCGUCAGCGCUGUGGUUUGGGAUGCAGAGGCUUCAAACAUGUUUCUGCUAGCCUCGUGUGAAAUAUUUGAAUGUGAAGAUAAGAUAUUGUGUUAAUUUUCUGAAGAUUAACUAAAUGUGACUAGAACGAGUUUUGGCGAAUAUUUUAUGGGUUAAUUAAUUUUCAUAUGUAUAUGUAUAUUCUUUAAAAUACUUUUAACAGAUUAAAUCUGAAUAGAUUUUGCAAGUUUUUAGACCUGUUUUUAUUGCUGUCGUAGAUUGUAACGUCACAUGUAUUCUGCAUUUGAUAAAAUAAACAUCUACUUUGAAAUAGUC